GCAAGAUUAAAAAAAUAACAACCUUUUGUCACGUCUGUUUCUCAAGUCAACCUAACUUUUGUGUUUGUAAAAUAAAUAAAUAAAUAAUUAUAUAUGUAUAAAUACUUGUAUAAAUAAGUAGUCAUUGUGAAAGAAAUUAAGUUAUCUUCUCCGCUGCUCCACCGCGACGCCGCCGCGAGAGUAAAAACAUAAUGGAGGCGCCGCUACUGGAACGGAGCUCCGGCGAUAUUAAGUUGAUCGGAGAAGACGGAGACUACCUUCCGGUUGCCGGGCUGAGAGCAUGGUGGAGAGUUUUCUGCAUAGAAUCAGUGAAGCUGUGGGCAAUAGGUGGACCAAUAGCGUUUCAGAUCCUGUGCCAGUUCGGCACUAAUUCGGUGGCUACGAUAUUCGUCGGCCACCUCGGAGAUGUCGAACUCUCUGCUUUCUCCAUUGCUAUCUCUGUUGUCGGAACCUUUGCCUUCGGCUUCAUGCUCGGAAUGGGAAGUGCGCUCGAAACGCUCUGCGGGCAAGCGUUCGGCGCGGGACAAGUCCACAUGCUCGGCCUCUACAUGCAACGCUCCAUGAUAAUCCUAUUCGCCACGUGCGUUCUCCUUCUUCCGCUCUACAUAUUCGCCACCCCAAUCCUCAAACUCGUCGGCCAAUCCGACGAAAUCGCGUACCCCGCAGGAUUCUUCACUCUUCUAACAAUCCCGCAGCUAUUCUCACUCGCCGUCGCUUUUCCGACGCAAAAAUUCCUCCAAUCGCAGAGCAAAGUCACCGUUCUUGCUUGUGUGGCGGCUUUCGCUAUUCUUGCACAAACUCUAUUUUGUUGGCUCUUUGUGAAUGUGUUUGGGUGGGGAACCAUCGGUGCAGCUAUAGCAUUCGAUCUGACGAGCUGGAUUACUGCAAUCUCGCAGUUCGUGUACGUGGUUGGUUGGUGUAAGGAUGGGUGGAAGGGGUUCACGUGGGCCGCAUUUCAGGAGAUUUGGGCCUUUGUUAGGCUGUCUCUUGCUUCUGCUGUUAUGCUUUGUUUGGAGAUUUGGUAUAUGAUGAGCAUUAUUGUCCUCACCGGCAACCUCGCUAACGCUGUUACUGCCGUCGGAUCCCUUGCUAUCUGCAUGAACGUUGAUGGAUGGGAAACGAUGGUGUUUAUCGGAAUCAAUGCUGCUAUAAGUGUUAGGGUAUCGAACGAGCUAGGUCUGGGGCAUCCAAGAGCAGCGAAAUAUUCGGUGUAUGUGACGCUCUUUCAGUCGCUGUUGAUCGGGAUUUUAUGUAUGGUAGUUGUCCUAAUAACAAGGGAUUAUAUUGCGAUUAUUUUUACCGAGAGCCAAAAUAUGAGACGAGCAGUGGCUCACCUUUCGGGGCUUCUUGGAAUCACUAUGCUUCUUAACAGCAUUCAGCCAGUUAUAUCCGGUGUUGCCAUUGGAGGUGGUUGGCAAGCGCUCGUAGCGUACAUCAACUUGGCUUGUUAUUACGUAUUUGGUCUACCGUUAGGAUAUUAUCUUGGUUAUGCUGCUAAACUUGGAGUUGUGGGAAUAUGGGGGGGCAUGAUUGCUGGAAUAGCAUUGCAGACAGUGCUGCUCUUCAUCGUACUCUAUAAAACCAACUGGAAUAAAGAGGUUGAGCAGACGACAGAGCGGAUGAAGAAGUGGGGUGGCCAAGACAAGGCGAUCGACAAAUCAUCGUACGAACAACUUCCAAUAAAGAAUGGAAUUUAUUAAUAAAUACAAGGAUUAUUUUUGUUCAUGGUCCAAAGUUUAAUUUUGUGUCAACUAUUUUGUAUACAUGGGAGGGAUUAUAUGUAGUUGGAAGAUGCCGAAUUUUGCUUCUGCUCCUAUAAAUUGAACAUCCGUGAAAUUAGUAGUUCACACGGAUUUUUCGAACACUGAGAUACGAUUAACCAUUUUUUUUCUUCUGUA